UCAACUAUAUAAAUACACACCCCCACAAAAGAGAGACCGUCACAUGAGUUGUAUUCAAGAAAGAUGGGGAGAGCUCCUUGCUGUGAGAAGAUGGGACUGAAGAAAGGCCCAUGGAGUAGUGAAGAAGACCAAAUUCUCAUCUCUUUUAUUCAACAAAAUGGUCAUGGAAACUGGAGGGCUCUUCCUAAACUAGCUGGGCUGUUAAGGUGUGGGAAGAGUUGCAGGCUGAGAUGGAUCAACUAUUUGCGACCAGAUAUUAAAAGGGGAAAUUUUAGCAAAGAAGAGGAAGAGACCAUCAUUGAACUGCAUCAGAAGCUUGGUAACAAAUGGGCAGCAAUUGCUGCGAAACUACCGGGGAGAACAGACAAUGAAAUUAAAAAUGUCUGGCAUACUCACUUGAAGAAAAAGCUCAAAAACUAUGAUCAGGUCAAAAAUGAGUCGAAUGUUAAAAUGCAAGUGGAAUCUGAGAAUCGGAGGAAUAGCCCACAACAUUCGACUAGUGAACUAUCCUCGGUCACAGACUCAUCAGCCAAGGCUAAGUGUGUCAUUAAGUCGGAACAAAAUACAGAGUUGUCAGAGAGCUCAAAAAUUCCAGAAAUCGACGCAAGUUUUUGGUCCGAAGAAUUCACCAUAAAUAAUCAAGAUAAAGGGGUCCCGGGGAUUAUCGAGGAGUUUCAGGAAAGUGGCAAUGUAGAUGCUGAAAUGGACUUUUGGUGCAAUCUUUUCAGUGGAGCUGAGGAUUUUAAAGACUUGCCAGAGUUUUAAGGAAGCAGUACUAGAAAAGUAGAAGUUGAGAAUUUUCUAUGUGAUGUAUGGCCUUCUUAAUUGACUUUUAAACAAAUUAGACAUUUUAAAGGUGUUCAUUGGAAAAAAGUUAGCAUGAUGCACUGAACUAGAAAAUUAUAAAGCCAGGGUAGUGAUUUUGAA